AGCAUCUACAAUUUGAAAUCAUGACUGGUCGCGGAAAGGGUGGAAAAGGAUUGGGAAAAGGAGGAGCAAAGCGUCACAGGAAGGUGUUGCGUGAUAACAUCCAGGGAAUCACGAAGCCAGCAAUUCGCCGUCUCGCUCGUCGAGGUGGUGUCAAGCGUAUUUCUGGCUUGAUCUACGAAGAGACUCGUGGUGUCCUCAAGGUCUUCCUUGAGAACGUCAUCCGUGAUGCCGUCACCUACACCGAACACGCCAAGCGCAAAACCGUCACUGCUAUGGACGUUGUCUAUGCUCUUAAGAGACAAGGUCGCACCCUCUACGGUUUCGGAGGUUAAGAAUCUGAACUGAAUCAAAACGGCCCUUUUCAGGGCCACAAAAAUUUAAAACGUAUAGGUACGAUCCUAGCCCUCACCGA